AAAUUUAAUUUGAGUUUUAUUCGAGUAAAAAGGAUGUGAAAGGAAAUAAAGAACCUGCACUGAGAUAACCCGUCAAGGACCAUGGACGGAACAACAAGAUAUUCAUCGCCAUACGCGUUUCCGAUGGACUUUCCUCCUCCCCCGUUCAGCAUCGAAGAGUUCAACUACUACCAUUCUCAUCACUACCAAUCGUCCCACUUUGAUUAUGACAAAACAUCCUUGUUCAAUCCGGUGACGACGGUGAAGUCAGAACAACCCAUUAUCACUAGCGGAAACAGCAACAGUAGCAGCAGCAGCGUCAGCAGUCAAUCCUCGGCAGAAGACAGUAGAGACCGCGAGAGGGAAAAGGAACGGGACCGGAUUGCAGCAGGCCUUAUCAAGCCGGAGGACCUAGAGAAGAAAUUGACCACCAAGGCGUUGAGCCGGGCACGGCACACCCUGCAGCAGCGCAUCAAACGACAAAAUGAAAGCCCCGAACAGAAGGCACUCCGGAGGCAGCGAAACGCAGAGCUUAACCGACGACGACGAAUGAACAAGCAAGACAUCCGGGUGGCCAUGGAAAAGGUCAAGAACCGGCUGAGGCAAAGGGUGAAGCGAGAGAUUGAUCGGAUGCUGCGGACCCGGCAGAAACGCGACGAUUUUCUGCGCGAAACAUUUGAGCAGAUGAGCGCCGUUUUCUCUGAUACCGACAUACUCCAAUAUCAAGGCCGAAUCGCGAAUGCCUUGCAGGAAAUUUCAAACUAAUCUGCCAGAGAUUGGAUGUUGCUUACGAGGGAUGCAAAGUAUAAAGUGAAUAUGUUUUUUUUGUACGUGCGCGACAAAAGUUGUAUUAUCCGUUUACGUUUGCAAAAACGUGAAUGUUCUCAUAAUGUUUAAAAAAAAAUCGAUACAAAGCUGCAGUAACAAAACUUUGAUGAAUUUUUACCUUUUUCUUUAUUUUAAAUGCUGUAAUUAUUUCAGAAAUUGUUUUUCUUUCAUCUCUUAAUAGAAUAACAAAAAAAAAAUCGAAUGAAUAUA